AACUACAUUUUGCAUCUCUCAGGUAUAUCAAAUUAUCAAACUUCCACACGACGCGGAGAUCAGAAUGGCGGAUAAUCAAACAUCUCAUGAAAAGUUGGUGAAAGUGUUCAAUAGGGCAAAGCCUUAUGUGCUAAUGGUAGGUUUGCAGUUUGGUGCAGCAGGCACGUACAUCGUCAGCAUGGCCACUCUCAGCCACGGCAUGAGCCGCUACGUCCUCAUUGUCUAUCGCAACGCUAUUGCGGCUCUAGUUCUUGCUCCUUUCGCUUUCGUUUUCGACAGGAAAACAAGACCAAAGAUGACACUUCCUGUCUUCUUGCAGAUAAUGCUCCUCGGAUUUCUAGAGCCAAUUCUUGAUCAAGGCUUCGCCUACCUGGGAAUGCAAUACACAUCGGCAUCAUUUACGUCUGCUAUAAUGAAUGCUGUCCCUUCUGUAACCUUUAUCAUCUCAGUUAUUUUCCGGAUAGAGCAAAUUAAGAUAAAGGACGUACGGAGCCAAGCGAAGAUAAUUGGAACAGUGGUGACAUUAUCAGGUGCGUUGGUGAUGACUCUUUACAAAGGUCCUGUGAUUGAUAUGAUCUUCUGGUCCACCAAAUCAACCCACCAUACAAGCAACUCCUCCGACAAACACUGGUUAGCCGGAACGCUUUUUAUCCUCAUUGGCUGUGUUGCCUGGUCCUGUUUCUACGUCUUGCAAUCGAUAACAAUAAAGAAGUACCCGGCGGAGUUGUCUCUGUCGUCACUGAUAUGCUUAUCGGGUGCGUUGCAAAGCACAGCAGUGGCACUCGUCGUGGAACGUCACGCCAACGCUUGGGCCGUCGGUUGGGACUCUAGGCUCCUUGCCCCAGUAUAUACGGGAAUUGUAAGCUCCGGAAUUACGUAUUACAUACAGGGCCUAGUGAUGAAAACUAAAGGCCCAGUAUAUGUAACGGCCUUUAACCCUUUGUGCAUGGUCAUUGUUGCAAUCCUUGCUGCUAUCAUUCUAGCUGAGAAAAUCCAUCUCGGAAGUAUUAUUGGAGGGAUUAUCAUCGCAAUAGGGCUUUAUUCAGUUGUGUGGGGCAAAAGCAAGGAAGAUUCUAACUCUCAACUAUCAUCAUCAUCAUCAUCAUUAUCGUCGUCGUCGUCAUCACCAUUGCCAAGAGCAAUAACAUUAAAGGGAGAAGCACCUGAACAGAAGCCACCACUUAGUGCAACAAAUGACAAUAUUAAUGGGGAUAAAGUCGUCAUUGCCAUAGACAAAAGCGACCAGCAAUCUGGAAAGCAGCAUAUGAUCCCAUAAAUAGUGCUCACAUAAUUACAUCACUACCAGAGCCUUCUACUCAUUGUUUAAUAUUAUUCCCUUGUUCCCCACCCCCCACCCCACUUUUUCAUUAAUUUGUAUCAAAAUUAUUUAUAAUAUUUCGCCAAAACCCCUUCUUGAAA